UAAGCAAGCACAACCACUUUCCCAAUUAUAAGAAUACCCUGAAAGCCUCCAUUUUUAAGCAUCAAAAGUGCCAUCUGUCUUAAUUAUUAGAUUCCUCAUACCCCCCCACUCACCAAAAAAUAAAUAAAUAAAAAGCCUUCUUCAAUCCCCAACUAAUUGCAGGUUUCUCCUUACAAUUCCAAGCAAUCCACCUUCAAAACGAAGAAGAAAAUGGUUCGGGAGACAAAUAUUCAAGACAGAGAAGAAGAAAAUGAAGGUGGAAGCACUAACACUGGUAUUGCAGCUCCUGCAGCAAAACAACUCACAAAAGGAGAUCUUAUUGAUUACUUUGUUUCUGGAUGCAAGCCCAAGGAUCGAUGGAGAAUAGGUACAGAGCAUGAGAAGUUUGGAUUUGAAUUGGAAACUUUAAGACCUAUCAACUAUGAACAAAUAAAAAGGUUGCUAUAUGGUAUUGCUGAGAAAUUUGGCUGGGAUCCAGUAAUGGAUGGUGACAAUAUUUUAGGACUCGAAAAGGGUCAGCAAAGCAUAUCGCUGGAGCCUGGUGGUCAAAAUGAGUUUGGAGGUGCACCUGUUGAAACUCUGCAUCAAGCUCGUGAUGAGAUUGAUACACACAUCUAUCAGAUUAAGGAGGUGGCAAAAGACAUGGGAAUUGGAUUUUUAGGGAUGGGUUACGAUCCCAAAUGGAAGAACGAAGAGAUACCAAGAGUUCCCAAGGAACGAUAUGAGAUUUUGAGGAACUUCUUACCUAAAGUUGGAAGACUUGGACUUGAUAUGUUAUACCGUAUGUGCAGUAUUCAGGUUAAUUUGGACUACGGUUCUGAAGCUGACAUGAUCAAGAAACUCCGUGCUAGUCUUGCUUUGCAACCUAUAGCAACUGCUUUAUUUGCAAAUUCACCAUUCGCUGAGGGCAAGCCAAAUGGUUAUCUCAGCAAAAGAAGCCAGGUUUGGAUGGAAUUUGAUGAUUCUCGAACGGGUAUGCUCCAUUUUGUUUUUGAUGACUCAUUUGGAUUUGAGACAUUUGUGGAUUAUGCACUUGAUGUUCCAAUGCUCUUUGUUCGUAGACAAAAUAAGCACAUUUUAUGUGAUGGAAAAACUUUCCGGGAUUUCAUGGAAGGAAAACUUGAUUGUUUGCCAGGUGAAUUUCCAACCAUGGAUGAUUGGAAUUACCACUUGGGAACAAUAUUUACGGAGGUUAGGUUUAGGAAAUACCUGGAGAUGAGAGGUGCGGAUACAGGACCAAUAGGCACAUUAUAUGCUUUGCCAGCUUUUUGGGUGGGUUUACUAUAUGAUGAGACUUCAUUGCAAAAUGUUGUGGACAUGAUUGCUGAUUGGACUCAGGAAGAAAGGCAGAUGUUGAGAGUUGAGGCCCCUAAGACUGGUUUAAAGACUCCAUUUAGAGGUGGAAUGCUAAGGGACGUUGCUGAAGCUGUUGUCAAAUGGGCAAAGGAAGGCUUGGAAAGAAGAGGAUUAAAGGAAUCAGCGUACCUGGAUGAGAUCGAAGAAAUUGCAAAAACAGGUGAGACAAGGGCUGAGAAGCUUUUGAAAUUAUAUCAUGAAGAGUGGGAACAAAAUGUUGAUAAUGUAUACAAACAUGAAGAACUACUCUUAUGAAGAUAUGUGAAUGUGUGUUUUAUAUAUGGAAAAAACAUUUUAUUAAAGAAAAUAAUGAUGUUACACCACAACAAAUAAAAAAUAAAUAAAAAAAAAAAGGAAAAAUGGUGACUGAAUUUAAAGGUUGAUUAUUUGGAAAGCAACACCGUCAAUUAUUUAAAUUGAUGCAAAUUACGGAGAGCCAAAAUUUGCUAGAGAUGAUCCAUAUAUGGAUGACACUACAGCGAAUACGUGUUGGUAGUUGUAAGCAAACUGAGUUCUAUCUCUUUGCCUGAUGUGUUAUUGUUCACAUUAAUAGAUAAAUGAGUUUUUAA